AUGGGUUCGCGAGGAAUACUGCAAAUUAUUUCACCGAAAAGUUUUGGCUUUUUAAACAACAGAUUCUCGUGCCGGUCUGCAUCCAUCGGUGUGGCUAAUUCUGCUGUGGCCGCUUGUAGCGGAUGCAAUUGCAUCACCUCGAACCAGCAACCCAUCAGCAGGUACUUGUUCACGCCGGCGACCACCAAUGACCGCCGUCUCCAGCGACUCGAGCCAUCGAGUUCCAGAUACAACACUUUACCGAGCACGCGGUCGUUUUACACUUCAAACAUUCUGCGUAAAAAGGACUAUUACACCACACUCGGAGUGACGAAAAACGCCUCAUCAAAAGAAAUCAAAAAGGCGUAUUAUCAGCUUGCGAAGAAAUAUCACCCCGAUACUAACAAGGACGAUCCAAAUGCGGGGAAAAAAUUUCAGGAAGUUUCUGAAGCCUACGAGGUUCUGAGCGAUGAAACGAAACGUCGUGAGUAUGACACAUUCGGACAAACUUCCGAACAGAUGGGUCGCGCGGGUAGUGGUCCGGGACCAGGUGCUGGACCGCAGGGCUUCUCUCAAAACUGGCAGUUUCGUUCAACAAUCGAUCCAGAAGAACUAUUCCGGAAGAUCUUCGGAGACGGUGGAUUUCAGUCAGGGUUUGAAGAUUUUAGCGAUUCCAAGUUUGGUUUUGGCGGCGCUCAGGAGGUCAUGAUGAAUCUUACUUUUGCCCAAGCGGCACGGGGCGUUAACAAGGAUAUCGACGUGAAUGUGGUCGAUACGUGUCCAAAGUGUACGGGUUCACGGUGCGAACCAGGCACCAAACCGGGCAAGUGCCAGUACUGUAAUGGCACCGGGAUGGAAACCAUUUCGACAGGGCCGUUUGUGAUGCGAUCAACAUGUCGUUACUGUCAAGGCACCCGUAUGUACAUCAAGUAUCCUUGUCUGGAGUGUGGUGGUAAGGGACAGACUGUACAGAGAAAGCGAAUAACAGUACCGGUACCAGCCGGAAUUGAGGAUGGACAAACGGUUCGAAUGAAUGUUGGAAGCAAAGAGAUCUUCAUUACGUUUAGAGUCGAAAAAAGCCGCUAUUUUCGGAGGGAUGGAGCAGAUGUGCACACGGAUGCAAAUAUUUCGCUUUCGCAAGCUAUACUUGGUGGAACAAUACGGGUCCAGGGCGUGUACGAAGAUCAGACGAUUCAAAUUACACCAGGAACUUCCUCUCACACAAGAAUAACGCUCACCGGAAAGGGUUUGAAGCGAGUGAACAGCUACGGCAGCGGAAACCAUUAUGUACAUUUGAAAAUUCAAAUUCCAACUAGGCUAACACCUAAACAAAAAGCGCUUAUACAGGCAUACGCUGAACUGGAGGACGAUACGCCCGGUCAGAUAAUGGGUGUUACGUUUAAAACCGACGGUAAGUCUUCAUCUUCCGGUUCAGGCACAUCUAGCAGCGGUUCAUCCACAUCCUUCUCCACUUCCUCUUCCUCCUGGUCCUCUUCAAAUGUAUCUGACAAGCACACACAGGGUGCCCGCGAUGAAGAAGGCUACGAUAAGUAUAAACCACAUGAUCCAACCGAUACUCAUCAAUACCGCAAGGAGCGGUUUGAUACGCGAUUUUAUUACGCCCUCGGGGCGCUGCUCGUGGCGGGUUGGUUUGUAUACUACACAAACAAACAGACAGACGCACAAUUCGAACGCGAACGAUUGGCAGCGCUCGAGCGGAAACGGAUAGCCCUCGGGGCCUUCAAGGAUUUGAACAGUCCGCAAAAUGAGCCCUGA